UAUAACAAGUUACAGGUUCAUCAGCGCUUAUCUGAGGUGUUUUUUGCUAGCCUGUAUGUUUAAAAUUUCUUGUAUAACAGUUUCCUCUCUUUCUUUGUUUUAUCACAAAGAAAGUUGAGUUGUAGACUGAUCUUCAGAUAAGAAGGGGUUGUUUCUGAAACUCUGAAGUACUGUAUUGAAGUAAAACUAAGUAUAAAGGUUUUUGGGUAGACUGAGUAGGUUUUUUUUCCAUGUCUGUGUUCACUUGCUUAGUUGCAUUGAGUCUUUCUGACUUUUUAGUCCAAAUCAGUCAGGGCUUUCAGUAAAAAACAGUAUGAAAACAUCUUUUACACAAACAGUAGCAAAUGGUCCCUAUUCUGGUACAGGACACCAUAAAAGUUUUGCUUCUUUAGUGCCUACAAUCAGAGGGAAAGAUUUAUGUAUUGAUGUCUGUGUCUGAACUAGAACUUACGAUGUGCUUCUGUGAUUAUUAACUCACUUAUUGAAUCAUGUCAGUUACGCUGGACCUUUCUGCUUUAGGCUUCAAUAACUCUUUGUUAGAAGAGCAGUAAUUCUUCUGUUGCAGAUAAGGGUGUCUCAUAGCUCAUACCCUGCUGGUUUAGAGGGAUCCAGAUAAUGGGGUGGUGAGGGUUGUUGUAGAGCUUUGCUGCAUGAAUGGAUAGAAAUAUUGUUCAUUCAAAUAGUUGUGCAGUGAUGGGUGUAAGAAGACUGACAGGCACCUGUGGGUGAGUGUAAGAACACUCUUAAUAUUUAUAAGGUUAGGUCUAAUAUAAAGGGCUUCCAUUAGUUCUUUUGAGAGGUCUAAUGUGUUUUACUGUUACAAAGCUCUCUGUGAAGUUAUUCUUAAACACAAGCAGGUAGCCAAAACAGUAUAGAAGUGGUCAGAUAAACUGAUCAAAUAUGACAUUCUUUCUUCUUUUUCUGAUGAAGUAGGUAUCCUCAGCUACAGUAUUGUUUCACAGUAAGUUAAAACCUUGGUUUAUGCCUUAGGAUUUAAGUUAGACUGGAAACACCAUUCACCCUGUUUUUGGAAGAAAGAGCUAGUUUAAAAGGGGAAGUCCAGUAUAUUAUAUGCAGCGGAAACUGUUUAAGAAGCUACCUCUGAGAGGCAGUUCCUUUGUACUAAGGGACUAAUCUCUCAAAAAACCUGUUGCUUUGCCUUUUUUUUAAAUGGCUAUAUUUAGAAACUCCUUUUCACGUUGUUCUAAGUUGUGUUUCAUAUUAUAGCUACACCUCAUUCUGUAAAAGGCAGAGCAGAUGUGUGCUUUGUUACAGUCUCCUGAAGAACUAUACUAAGUUAAAAGUUGAGUUUUUAUUAUUGCAGUGAAGUGUUACUAAAAUGGUUAAACCUUGCUCCAAAUCACAGCAUAUUAGUUUUAUUACAAUUCUUAAUGAAAAGAGCAAAGUGAGAGGACAGAGUUUCUUUUUUUGUUGGAAAACCAGACACUGUGCAAAGAUUUUAAUUUAACUUUUUUAUUUUCCCCUCUUUUCAUUUCUGUUAUUACAAGUCAUUGUAGCAAGGUAAGAUGACUAUGACUAUCUUGUUCGAUGCAAGCCCAUUAUAAUUUAAAUAAUUGUCUGAUUAGUUCCACAGAGCCAAAAAGGAUCAGUUACAUUCUGGCAAAAAUCUGCCUUUGCUUACUACCCUUAAAUGUUGUCCACUCCCUCUCAGUUGUAGGACUGGGGUGUAUUUUUUCAGUAUUAUAGGGAAAGGGUACUCUAUUGUUACAAGAACAAGCUUAUAGAUAUUCAACUUUGAAUAACCUGUAUAAUGCUUUGCAAAACAUGGAGUGAGAAGUGGUUCCUGCUCUAGAGCACUUCAGGUUCACUGUGGACAAUGCAGAAGAGGCCACUCUGCAGGACACUGAAAGCCAUAAAACUUUGAUUAAAAAACAAUUUAAAAAUGCCCAGAAAAAGCAUAGACUAUGGAGUGCUGCCGGAGUAUGAGAAAAGCCAUAUCAAAAGGACUUUGGAGUUGGGAACUGUUAUGACAGUUUUCAGUCUUAAGAAGAGCAGUCCAGAAAGGAGGACUAUUCAAGUCAUAAUGGAAACCAGGCAGGUAGCGUGGAGCAAGACAGCUGACAAGAUUGAAGGUUUCUUGGAUCUGAUGGAAAUAAAAGAAAUUCGCCCAGGAAAGAAUUCAAAGGACUUUGAGCGUUGCAAAGCAAAGCAAAGAGAAGAACACUGCUUUACUAUUUUUUAUGGUACCCAGUUUGUCCUCAACACCUUAAGCUUAGCAGCUGACUCUAAAGAUGAUGCUGAUAAAUGGUUGUGUGGCUUGAAUAUCUUGUAUCAAGAGGUCAUGAGUGCUCCAACACCAGCGAUCACAGAGAGCUGGCUGAGAAAGCAGAUCUAUUCUGUUGAUCAAACUAGAAGAAACAGUAUCAGUCUUAGAGAGCUGAAAACUGUCCUUCCCCAAGUAAACUUCAAAGUGAGCAGCAUGAAGUUCUUGAAGGAUAAAUUUGCGGAAAUAGGCGCUCACAAGGAAGAUCUUAGUUUUGAACAAUUUCAUUUGUUCUACAAGAAAAUCAUGUUUGAACAGCAGAAAUCGAUUCUUGAUGAAUUCAAAAAGGAUUCCUCUGUGUUCAUUCUUGGAAAUACUGACCGUCCAGAUGCUUCAGCAGUUCAUCUCCAUGACUUUCAGAGAUUCCUGCUACAUGAGCAGCAGGAAUCUUGGGCACAAGAUCUCAGUAAAGUCAGAGAACGAAUGACGAAGUUUAUUGAUGACACUAUGAGAGAAACUGCUGAACCCUUCCUCUUUGUUGAUGAGUUCCUUACUUACCUUUUUGCAAAAGAAAACAGUAUUUGGGAUGAGAAAUAUGAUUCAAUAGAUGCACAGGACAUGAAUAAUCCUUUGUCCCACUACUGGAUUUCUUCCUCUCAUAACACAUACCUGACAGGAGACCAGCUUCGAAGUGAGUCCUCCACAGAGGCUUACAUCAGGUGCCUUAGAAUGGGAUGUCGAUGUAUUGAGUUGGAUUGCUGGGAUGGUCCUGAUGGGAAACCCAUAAUUUACCAUGGAUGGACACGGACAACAAAGAUCAAAUUUGAUGACGUAGUUCAGGCAAUCAAAGAUCAUGCCUUUGUUACAUCUGAAUACCCAGUCAUUCUGUCAAUUGAAGAGCACUGUAGUGUGGAGCAGCAGCGGCACAUGGCCAAAGUGUUCAAGGAGGUGUUUGGGGACCAGCUCUUAAUGAAACCCGUUGAAGCCAGUGCAGAUCAGCUACCAUCACCAACCCAGCUGAAAGAAAAAAUCAUCAUCAAGCACAAAAAACUGGGGCCAAAGGGAGAUGUUGAUGUGAACUUGGAAGACAAGAAAGAAGAAAAGAAGCAACAAGGAGAACUUUACAUGUGGGACACGAUAGAACAGAAAUGGACUCGGCACUACUGUGCUAUUGCUGAUGAGAAGCUUUCAUUCAGUGAUGACAUAGAACAGAAUGCUGAUGAAGAUUCACCAAAGGAGGUGAAACGUACUGAACUGCACUUAAAAGAGAAAUGGUUCCAUGGGAAAAUGAAGGAGGGGAGAACAACUGCUGAGAAACUGCUCCAGGAAUAUUGUGCUGAAAUGGGUGGCAAGGAUGGGACAUUCCUAGUUAGGGAAAGUGAGGCUUUCCCUAAUGAUUGCACCUUGUCAUUCUGGAGGUCAGGCAGAGUCCAGCACUGCCGUAUCCGUUCUUCAAGUGAUGGGGACGCUGUGAAAUACUACCUGACAGACAACCUCAUCUUCGACAGCAUCUAUGAUCUCAUUCAACACUACAAGGAGGCCCACUUGCGAUGUGCUGAGUUUGAGCUGCGUCUGACUGAUGCUGUGCCUAAUCCCAGCCCUCACGAGAAUAAAGAUUGGUACUAUAGUAACUUGAGUCGGGGAGAGGCAGAAGACAUGCUGAUGCGAAUUCCUCGAGACGGAGCCUUUCUGAUUAGAAAGAGAGAUGAGCCUGAUUCAUUUGCCAUGACUUUCAGAGCGGAGGGGAAGGUGAAGCACUUCCGAAUUCAGCAAGAAGGCCGUCAUUUUGUUCUCGGAACCUCGGCCUAUUUUGAGAGUUUAGUGGAGCUGGUAACGUACUACGAGAAGCAUCCACUGUACAGGAAAAUGAAGUUGCGUUACCCGGUGACUGAGGAGCUGCUGGAGCGCUACAGCACGGAAAAAGAUAUAAACUCCCUCUAUGAGGUCAAGAUGUAUGUGGAACCCAGUGAAAUCACCCCUACAGUGCCUCAGAGAACAGUGAAAGCCCUGUAUGACUACAGAGCCAAAAGAAGUGAUGAAUUGAGCUUCUCUCGAGGAGCUUUAAUUCAUAAUGUCACAAAGGAAACUGGAGGCUGGUGGAAGGGGGAUUACGGAGAAAAAGUCCAACACUAUUUUCCAUCUAAUUAUGUUGAAGACCUGUCAUCUGAUAACUCUGCUGAGCUUGAGAGCCAGAUUAUCGAAGACAAUCCGUUAGGCUCUCUCUGUCGCGGCAUACUGGUACUCAAUACGUACAAUGUUGUGAAAAUGCCACAAGGGAAACACAACAAGCCUUUUGUCUUCAUUCUGGAACCCAAGAAUCCAGAAGAUCCAUCUGUUGAGUUUGCAACGGAUAAAGUAGAAGAACUCUUUGAAUGGUACCAAAGUAUCCGUGAAAUCACUUGGAAAACUACAGAAGAGGAGAACAGGAGGAAAUACUGGGAAAAGAAUCAAUUGAUUGCUAUUGAAUUAUCUGACCUGGUAAUCUAUUGCAAGCCAACAAGCAAAACCAAGGACAAUUUAGAAAAUCCUGAUUUCAAAGAAAUCCGUUCUUUUGUGGAAACCAAGGCAGAAAGCAUUGUUAAGCAAAAGCCAGUUGAGUUGUUGAAAUACAACCUGAAGGGACUGACACGCGUCUAUCCUAAAGGACAGAGGGUCGACUCAUCCAACUAUGACCCAUUUCGCCUCUGGCUUUGUGGCUCCCAGAUGGUGGCUCUUAACUUCCAAACACCAGAUAAAUACAUGCAAUUGAACCAUGCCUUGUUUUCACUGAAUGGACGCACUGGCUACGUUCUGCAGCCAGAAAGCAUGCGAAGUGAAGACUAUGACCCAAUGCCAAAUGACUCGAAGAGGAAAUUGCAGAUGAUUAUGACAGUGAGGGUUUUAGGUGCUCGUCAUCUCCCUAAACUUGGCAGAAGCAUCGCUUGUCCCUUUGUAGAGGUAGAAAUUUGUGGGGCUGAAUAUGACAACAACAAAUUCAAGACAACAGUUGUGAAUGACAAUGGCCUUAAUCCAGUUUGGGCACCCAGUCCAGAACAAGUGAAAUUUGAAAUUUAUGAUCCAAAUCUAGCGUUUCUGCGCUUUGUUGUUUAUGAGGAGGAUAUGUUCAGUGAUCCCAAUUUCUUAGCACACGCCACUUUUCCCAUCAAAGGCAUCAAAUCAGGUUUUAGAUCAGUUCCUCUCAAGAACGGCUACAGUGAAGAUAUAGAGCUGGCCUCUCUUCUGAUUCACUGUGAAAUGCAACAAGUGCUGGAAAGUGAAGAAGAGCUUUAUUCCUCAUGUCGGCAACUUCGGAAGCGCCAAGAGGAGCUUAAUAACCAGCUGUUCCUUUAUGACACCCAUGUGAAUUUAAGAAAUCCUAACAGAGAUGCUAUAUUAAAAGAAUUCAGUGUGAAUGAGCGCAAACUACAGAUAUAUCAGGAGACAUGCAACCGCAGAUUAAAGGAGAAGAAAGUCAGUAACAGCAAAUUCUACUCUUAAAGAAAUCAUUCUUUGAUGCAUGCUUUAUUGUGCAAUUCAGGAAGAGAUACUAAUUUAUCCUGGUCGUCCUACUCAAUGACGGUCUCAUCAGACUGAAUGACUGGAAGAAAAGGAGGAGGAGGAAAGAUGGGUUUCUUUUAUAAUUUCUUGUUAUAGGAAAAACUGGUUUAAUUCCUAAUAAUUUAUAUUCUGUACAAAGCAUACUGUCUGUGCAGGCCAGACCUUCUAUGUAUUCAAGAUUUUUAAAAUCUGAGGGCAUGUUGUUGGAUAGACCUCACUUCUCGUUAUCAAUACCUGAACAACAAGUGUAAGUCAUCUACUAUAUUUGUGUACGCAGGCUAUAGAUAAGACAUUCACAACAAUUUGCAUGCGUGGAAUCACACCACUUUAACAACCUGGCUCCUUAAGAUUAACUGGUAGUGAGUUUUUAAUUUAUUAAAUGUUGUAAAAGCACUUUUACACCAGCAUUGUCAUGUCAUAUAUGUUACAGUGCCCAAGGCAGCAGAUUGUACUUUUGAUACUGUAUAAUAUAUUUUGGGCAGCUGAUAGCUCAUACUGUAUUGUCUCCUUUUUUCUUACAGUUUUGAGAACUAGAUAAUAUGUUAAUUUUGUUGAAACCAAAUACCUUCUGCAACUGUAGUUGUGUUUUUCCUGUUGAACUCUCUGUGGAGCUUCAAGAAAAGAACGAUAUAUGAAUCUGUAUUCCUUGCCCUUGUGAACCUAUGUUCACAACCUCAAGGCACCACAAGGAAGAGUUUUAAGAUUACACAGUAGGAAAUAUCUGUUUGUUUGUGGAAAGGAAAGGUAUUUGGUGUGGUGUCAUUUUGCAAAUCCUUUCAGCUGCUAACUUUCUUACAAAUGAGUUUUUAAAUGAACUGUCCAUUUUAAAUCUUGCAAUCCUACUUGGACGAUAGCGUCAAAUGAUAGUGCUUUGUAAAUAUAGACUGUUUUCCCAAAAUGUAUCUAACGCAAGAAUGAUAGUAUGCACAAACAUAGAGGUACAUCUUUCUUACGGCUUUAAUCAAAUGAACAUGGAUGAGAAAACUUGUUAGAUUAGCAAGUGUGUUCUCCUGCCAGAGCAGAACCAAAGUCCUUCCAUGGCACAUUUAACACCAGUUGUCAUAAUUUGUACAUGUGUUGGUUCUUUGUGCUAUCACCAUUGUUACUAUCACAUUCCUUUACCUCUACACGGGUGGAGUUUUGCUGUCUGUGUGCUUCACUUUAACCUCCAAAUGUAUGCAGAGGAGUUCAGUUUUUCUGUCUAAGUGACUGCCUGAGGCAUAAAAUGCUGCCUACAUAGUGUUGUGUUUCUGAUCACGGAAAAAAACGUGCAUGGAUUUGGGAUUCACGGCCCGAUGAAGCUGCCUCAGCAGUUUUCAGUUUCUCUUGCUCCCCACGCGAUGACUUUUGUUGUUUCAAGACGCACUUCAUUGAUGCCAUUGUGCGUUCACAGAUGAUGGUUUGAGGAACCCCCUCGAGGCUUUAGUUAUUCCGUAAAGACACUCUUGUCUCAAAGAUGAAAGUGCUAUAAUUGUGUGUCCCACGAUGGGGUGACUUCUGUAAAUUUUUUAUUAUAAAGAAAUUAAUUACUAAUCACUCAACUGAAAAAGAGAACAAAGUUAAAGGCAAUUUUCUGGUUUUCUUCCUCCUGGCUGAAAUCUUUUCACUAGCCAGUUGUGUUCAAGGAUUAGAUGGGUACAAACUACCCUCCAACAAAGAAAAAUCAUAUCAACCGUGGAUUUGGGAGGUGGAGCUAUAACCUAGACUGCUGUAUAAAGCUGGGCUUAUCUGCAGUAUCCAGGUGUAACUGGAUGAUCCAGUUGCUGUUCCUUGAGGGGGGGACCUUUGAUGUGCAUGCAUUUUGUAGCAUGUUCCAGGAUGUUGUUAGUUUGUCGUAUGAUCUGUCCUUGUGCUGUGUAUUUCAUUCAGCAACCUCCAUGAUUCCCAUCUGACGUUGCGAGAACACUGUGGUGUCAGUGUUGAACAGACAAGGUGGCCCAAAGCCUUGUCCGGAAGGUUCUGAGGUUGUUGCUACAGGUGGGACAGGAUUUAUAGGCAGCUGACUACCAGCUCGGUUUGGAUUAAUCACAAAAAAUAGGAAUCUACAAGAUGCUGUGGCCUCGGGAGACCGAACCCUAGAGCUCGAGGCUGUUGCUAUGGUGGGUUGAUUUUCGUUUUGUUUUUUUUAAGCUCAGUUCCAAAGCAGACAUAACCAAAUUGUCCAUUUUUCCUGCCUUCUUUGAUUGGUAUCUAUAUUCCCGACACAGAACAGCCAUUGCACGAUGAACACAGGAGUUCCCUGUGCACAUUUUUUAGUCCUUUGAAAAGUCCCAUGCAUAUUUCCCACACAUACGUGGUAUCAAAAGUUACAAGAGGCACUCCUCCGUAUUUCUAAAAAUCACUUUACAGUAAGAUCAUUUCUCCCCAGAGUAUAAUGUUACACUGUAUUCAGAAGGAAAAUACUGCAUUGGCUGUUUUGUUGACAUGCAAGUGAUGUGCAAGGCCACGUAUUAACUCUUCUCCUGUUUCUUGCAUUCUGUCUUCUAACUCCAAAAUCCCACUUCUCAAUUCUUUGCCAGGGCACACUCUGUAGCGACUUUUUCACAGUUGCAACUGUUUUAAUAUGAACGUAGGUUUGAAUGUGUGUGCUGAUUGUAUAAUCUAGGAGGAAAAACAUUUAUAAAUUUUUUGAAGUCAACAAUAUCUGUUAAAUUGUUAUAUUCUUAUAGAAACUGUUUUAAAUUCUCAAAAUAACUUAUUUUUAAUAAAUAAUUUUUGAUAUCUCA